AUGGGAGAAAUAUAUGUUACGCUCGUAGGCAAGCAGCCUGAGUGCUUCGCUGCUUUGCAUGCAAACACGGACGGGGCAGCGCGUAUGGGCAGAACCAGCGGCGAGGGGAGAUGUCACACAGUCUCCUGCCGGCCGGUCGGGCGGCCAUGCAUCGUUGUGCGUGUUAAACUGGGCUCGCAGCAAAUUCUGAGGGCGCUCCGUUUUGAGGACGAAGAAGUGCUCGAUAUCUCUCCAAAGGUGCGACAAGUUGAAUUGACUUUCGCGCAGUUCAAAGAAGCGGUUCUUUCUGCUCCGGAUCUGGAGAAAAACGAGGACUAUCAGCGUGUUAAAUUGCUUGAUUUGCGUCGACAGUUCGGGUUAAAGAACAAUUUGAUCAGUUUGUACCGUGAUGGAAAACGCUUCUUCCACUGA